AGGUUUAAUGCCAGGAUGAUGUUGCAUGGAUGCGUGUGGGACUUCAGUGUGGCUUUACUGAUAUCUAGUGGUGAAAUGGUGCAACUGACUCAAAACUUGAUGUUUUUAGGUCCAGAGGACAGUGUUUAAACAUCAUCUUGAACAUUAAAAUAAAUCAUAAUAUCUAGACUUUCAUAAUAUCUCUUACAACACUCAUAAUGAUAAUGUUUCACUUCAGUGAAUAUAUCCUUAUCCUACAUGUGUGUUUUUAUAUUGCAAGUUUAAAAACAUAUAGAUGUGACAGAAUAUGAAUGUUAAUUUGAAGGCUGUACCUGAGGUAGAUUUUUGGAUUGGACUGACUCAAUAAGUUUUUCUGAGGAGGUAGAUCUCUGUCUGUUGCUGUAUUCUGCUUGCAUGUUUUACUGUAGUUUUGUUUUGAAGGGAAUCUUGUUGAUCAAUGACGGCACACAUGAACUUGAAGAAAUCUUGAUGUUGCUGUCUGACCUGCCACACAACAUUCCCAAAGAUGAUCAAAAACUGAUCCGCCCUCUUAAAACACAUACCAGGACGCCAGUCUCAUCAUUUCACUCCUUUCUGUCAUGCGUUUAUGAAUCUCUGGACAUAAUCGAAUCAUAAUAAAAACACGUUCAAACAGGAUUUCUGAGGAGAUCAUUUCUGAACAGACAGCGGAUCAUUGUGACUCUUCUGGUGAUUGAGUUUUGAAACCAUCGUUCACAAAGUGAAAGUAAAGUUUAGAUCGCUGGAGCUCAAACUGUGAAAAUGGAUUCACUAAAUGUACCUGUAGAAGAACUUUCUUGUCCUGUGUGUCGUGAAAUCUUCAAGGCUCCUGUCGUUUUAUCAUGCAGCCACAGCUUAUGUACAGAGUGUCUUCAGAAGUUUUGGAGAAUCAAGGGAACUCAGGAGUGUCCUGUCUGCAGGAGAAGAUCCUCAAGAGUCAAUCCUCCAUGUAAUUUAGUGUUAAAAAACGUGUGUGAGUCGCUCCUGAAAGAGAGAAGUAAGAGGCAUUCAUCAGAGUCUGAGGAGCUGUGCAGUUUACACAGUGAGAAACUCAAGCUCUUCUGUCUGGAGGACAAACAGCCGGUGUGUUUAGUGUGUCUUAACUCCCAAAAACACAUCAAUCACACAUUCAGACCCAUUAGUGAUGUUGUUCCAUCAUAUAAGGAGGAGUUGAAAAACGCACUGACCUCCUUACAAGAGAAACUUACACAUGAGGAGAGAAUAAAAGGAGAGUUUGAGAAAACAACUGAACACAUCAAGUCUCAAGCUGAUCAAACAGAGCAUCAGAUUAAACAGCAGUUUGAGACGCUUCAUCAGUUUCUCAGAGAUGAAGAAGAAGCUACAAUCACUGCACUGAGAGAGGAAGAGGAGCAGAAGAAACAGAUGAUGAAGGACAAGCUGGAGGAGAUCAACACACACAUCUCAGCUCUUUCACACACAAUCAAAGACAUGGAGGAGAUGAUGAAAGACAGUGACGUCUGCUUUCUGAAGAAGUUUCCAGUCUCGAUGGAAAGAGUCCAGAUCUCAUCACAGCCGGAUCCACAGACUCCUUCUGGAGCUCUGAUUCAUGUGCCACGAUACUUGGGCAACCUGCCCUUCAGAGUCUGGAAGAAGAUGAAGGACAUCGUCCAGAACACUCCUGUGAUUCUGGAUCCAAACACGGCUCAUCCACGUCUCCUCCUGUCUGAUGAUCUGACCAGUCUGAGAUGGAGCGUGAACAAACAACCUCUUCCUGAUAAUCCAGAGAGAUUUGAUGAGUGUUACUGUGUUCUGGGUUCAGAGGGGUUUAACUCAGGAACACACUGCUGGGAUGUGGAGGUUAAAGAGAGUCUGUGCUGGAGUAUUGGAGUCACUACAGCAUCAAACCAGAGGAAGGGACGGGAUUUCUAUAACACUGAUGUCUGGAGUGUGCAGUAUGAUCAGUAUGAACUGUAUGAACGGUCUGGUUUUAAUAUUAAACAAUAUCUUGAGCGUAUGAGAGUGUAUCUGGACUAUGACAGAGGAACAGUGUCAUUCUCUGAUCCUGUGACUAACACACAUCUACACACAUUCACAACCACCUUCACUGACACGCUCUUCCCAUCCUUUGAUAGUUUUUCCCCUCUCAGGAUCUUACCAUUGAAUAGUCAGUAA